UUUAACCUCUUCAUAGUGGUGACAAAAUUAGUACAAAUUUUCACGACUUCAUGAAGAAGAAAUUUCCCUUUCUUGUCUUUUUUAAAAGAAAAAAAGAUUUCUCUUUUUUUCGACAUGAUCGUUAGGUUAAAAUUGUUUCAAUUAUAAGUUUAGCAAAGAGAAACCAAUUAAGAAUCAUGGAAGAAGAAAGUGAAAAGAACUCCUCUUUUUCCUUCAAUUUGGAUGAAUUCGACUGCAGUAAUGCAUCAACAGACUCUGACCGUACUGAGUUACAAAUUGAUAUAUCAGAAGUGGAGGAUUUUAACACAGGAGAAAAAAGAAGAAAAAAGAUUAAUGAAAAUGAAACUUCUUUUUUGAAUGAAAUGGAAGAAGAAAUUGAACGACAACUAGAUGCAAAAGCAGCCAAGACAAAUUUAACAGCAACAAAUGUUAAAAACAUACUCAAACAUGUCAUAUCAAAUGAACAUGUCAUGGCAAUGGUACAUAAAAGACUUAAUAAAGAAGAUGGUGUUGUCUUUGAGCCUUACUUAACUAGGGCUAAAGUUAAACAAUUAACAAAAGAACAACCUGAUCUUCCUUGGGUUAUGACACCAGCAAAAAAUACAAAAUCUGAUGUACAAGUAUUCAUUGAAGAUGAGCUAACUCAUUCAGAUGAAUCAUCAGAUGAAGAAUACAACCCUGACCAAGAUCAAGUACAUAGUGAUGAUGAAAAAGAUGUGGAAAAUUCUGUUGGAAGUGAUAUAGAUUCCCAACCACCUACGCCUGUUACCCCUGUUGAUGUAUCAAAUUUAUCAGAAGUAGUAGAAACACCCGAAAUUCAAUAUGAUAAGGAAGGUAUUUUUAAAAUACCAAAUACCCCUUAUGAUCCUACAGAAGAUGAAAGUGUGGGACAUCGAACUCGUUCUAAACUUUGUCUUAGUGAAACUCCGUUAGAAAUUCUUGAACAAGAACUUAAAUGUCCUGAUGCGACAGAAGAUUUGUAUUACACAGACUGGGAUCCAGAAGAUGAAUACAUUGAUUUUUUAAAAACUUUAUAUUAUCUACCAAUAGUCACUAACAACGAAGAUGAUGGAGAUGAUCCUGUAGCAGAUCCUGAAUAUAAUGCAUUCGAAGACGAAAACUUAGAAAUGACUGACGCUGAAGAGCUGAGAGAAGAUAAGGCUGUUAAAAUACCAAAAAAAGAAUUGAACUCUCUUAUUGAAGAGCUAAGUGAUUUACUUGAUAGUUCUGAAAUGCAAAAUGAAGAGAAUCAAACUCAAGAACAAAAAGGAUCUCAUAAAAAAAAGAUGCCAGAUGUUCCAUUCAAUACUAUGGAAUUUGAUGUUCCCAUGUCUCCACUCACAUAUUCACCAUCAAAUAUUUUCACAAAUAUUUCACCUACUCACACUUUACUAAAUAGUAGUUUACAUUUAGCUGAAAAAUCAGUUGAAUCUUCAAUAAAUUUUUCUAUAGUGGAUAAUAACAACACAUCUACAUAUUUAUUAGAAUCAAAUGAAACUUCUUCCAAUCCUAUGGUUAGCCUUAUACCUGUAUUAGCCGCACCUGUAUUGCCUGAACUUGUAAAUCCUAUGCAACGAAAAUUAAUAUCCAUUCAAAUGUCUCAGCACGUUCAAUUAUUAGCUCAACAAUUUGUUUUAAACUACAAACAUUUAAAAUGGCAUCAAAAAUCGUUGAUAUCAAGGGAAAAUUUACAAAGCUUAAAAACACUAGCUGGAAAUAAAAAUUCAUUAUUACUAGCCGAUAAUUUGGAUGAUGCUUUAAAGUUGGUUUCCGAUUGGGAAAAAAAACUGGAAGAUGAAAAUUUUGCUUCGGAAUAUUCACAUUUUUUACAGCAGGAAUCAAAAAUUGAAUAUGAUUAUUUUACAACAAGGAGAAAAUAUAGACCGAGAUUUCAUCCUGAACUCAUACGUUUAAUGGCUAAUAGUAAAGCAUUAAUGCAUCCCAAACUCUUGCCAGAAAUAUUUCCAAUAACAAUAAUUCCUAGAUGUGCUAGAGUAUAUUCUACAUCAGAAGAAUGCCUUAUAGCACUGGGAUUAGAACAAUUUAUACCAUACGUAAAAUCAUUGUCAAAGAAAUUUAGUGACAAAAGACAUAUUUUUGCUGACGCUGUAAUUUUAAUACAAAAAUAUUUAUUCCCAAUUGUUAAUUGCAUAUCUCUUCUAUCUUUUAUAAAACGACGUAAAUGCAGCACGGUACCUGAUAAUCCUAUAAAGGAUUAUUUUAUUCAUGGAAAAACUCCUGAAGUGGUUCACAAAGUAUUUGAAGAAUACAAAUUACUAUCGCCGCUCGAAACCCCACCAGAACUGCUCGAGCCACCCUGGUGUGAUUUCAUCGAAAAAUUAAAAGAGGGUGAAUUGGAAAAAUUCAUUUUCAAUAAGUCUUCUCGCAAAUCUUCAAAAAGUCCGCCGAAGAAAAAAAACAAAAAAAGAAUGCAGAAAAACAAACAUUCAUAUCUGACAUCGGUCGACAACUUUGAAAUUAAUCCAAAUCACGAGCUUCGCAAUCCUGUAGUAAACGUGUUUAAUAUGCCGACUCUCAAUACGCCGUUCAAAGUAGCUAAUAACACGAGUACUCCUCUCAAUGAUGAAAUCAACAAUACUCCAGUCACAGCGGAAAAUGUUGAUUCAGGGGUCACGAACGAUACUGAAAACGAACCAGUCAACGAUGAGUCUGUUGCAGAAAGUAUGAGAACCGAUGAGGAGCCAGCUCCACAACUCCGAAUACCUACGCCACGAUUAGCAAAGAUUCGAAGUGUGCAGAAUAUGAAACGCUUGGCUCAGAGCGUAUCUUCGAGAAAUUCCAGUACAAGAAAUAACACUGAGUCUGAGAGCAAGGACGACGAGGAUUCUUCGUCUUUUUCCAAUAAAGGAGACAACGAAGACGAAAUCGCAGAACUAAUGUUAGCUAGUACAACUAUUAAAAAGAGCACUGCCAAUCGUAAAAAAAAUAAGCAAGCCAGAGAAUUGGAAAAUUUCAAAAAAUUUGUAGAAGCUGAAAACAACAUCAAUGAAGAUGAACGAUCGACAAAGCUUGCGACGUCGUUUAUUCAAAAGUGUCAUUUAGUACUGGAGCCGAAAGAUCCAGAGCUUUUUAAAGCGAUCAUGAAUUUGUUUCAAGAAUUUGAAACGAAGGCAGAGAAAAUAAAGCCACAGUCGCCAACAAACAACGCUAGUAGCAGUGACGAUACAGCAGCACAGACUGAAUUAACUUGUGACGAUCUGUCAAUAAAUUUGUACAAAGAUAUCUGUGAAAAACUGGUCGAUUAUCCAGAAUUAUGCUCGGAUUUUUUGCUAUUUCUGUCACCGCAACAAGCCGCGCAGAUCGACAAAUCCGUCGAGUACAUCAUGAUGCAAAAAAUGAGAAAUUUUAUAAGUAUAGCGCAGAUGUAUUUCGUGAAGCAGCCUUCGAGAAUAUCAAAGCUCAUGCAAGCCAUAAAUCAAUUGGCUGUGGACCCGAAUAUCAACCUAGAAAUGGCUCAAUCUAUCAUGGGCACAGCUUUAAAGGGCCACGACUUGAUCAUGGAUUUGUUUCUGCAGUGUCUACCUACGGGUAAGCCUCCCGAAAGUUUGUUUGCCGAUGAUAUGUUCGAGCAAUUGGUUUGCCCAGUAGGACCUCCGGACAAAAACAAGCCUUACGAUCCAGACGCUCCCGAACUCUAUGAGACACUCGAACUACCGGCUUCCACGGUUCAGGAGGAUCCUUAUGGUGGCGAUGGUUGCAAAUGCGAGUGCCAUAACUUAGACGACGAGACUAAGACCAAGACGAUGAAUGAUCACUGCGCCAUUUGUGGCAUAAGGUUUUUAAAUGGUCGAAUGUAUAUGCAGACUUCGGGAGGUCUGAGACCGGCGAAAAUAACUUUUCCUGGUGCUGACGCGGAGAGACUCGAAAACAUUAGUCGCGUAUCGAUAAACGCCAUUGAUUGUAGUACAUUACCGGUAGUCCCACCAGCUCGUAAACGUCGGAAAACGACAAAACAAACUGAUCCCAUUCCGGAUGAUCAGUUGACCGUAGCCGGGAAAGCUUCGUCGAAAAAUUCACCACAAAAAAACGAAGAGGCUGGACCCUCUGUUUCGGGUAAUAAACAAACGAGAAGAGCAGCAACUUCUGUCAAGUCUAUGCCAAAAAUAUCGCUGGAUAACACUCCCGCGAAAGAUCCUGAAACUGAAUCGCCGAAAAGCAGGCGAGAGAGGCGCCGAUCUAAAAGACAAGCGGCAAAAGAAGACAAGGCCGAGGUUGAAUCCGUUGAAAAUCAACCUGAACCAACUGUCGAAACAAUUGUGGUGACAGAUGACACAAAUAUUUCGACAGGAGCCAAGUUGAAUGAAUCUAGUCAAGACAGUGUAGAAGACGAUGAAACCGUAUUAAAAUCUGCAGAAAUAGAAUUAGAUAAAAGUAAUGAUAAAGUAGAUGGUUCAAGUGAUUCCGACAGUAGCGAUGAUGACUCCGAUCUCACGAAUAAUCCAUGGACAAUGGAAGAUGAUAAAAUACUUCUUGAAAGCAUACAAAAAGACUACUCCCAAAAAACAUUUGAAGCUGUAAGUUCAACUUUAAACAAAACUGUGGAACAGGUGAAAAAACGCUGCGAUUAUUUAUUAUCAUUGUUAGAAAAAAUGGCUAGUUGAUGCUGGUUAUUAGUUUGUACAAAGUUUAUUUUAAAUCAACUGAUGUAAAUAGUGAUCAAUGAAAA